CACGUUCGUCUGUCCCACUGAGAUCAUCGCCUUCAGUGACAGAGUCCACGAGUUUCACGCCAUUAACGCUGACGUCGUGGCCUGUUCAGUCGACUCACAGUUCACACACCUGGCCUGGAUUAACACACCCAGGAAACAGGGAGGACUCGGACCGUUGAAGAUCCCCCUGUUGUCUGAUCUCACACACCAGAUUGCUAAAGACUAUGGAGUCUAUCUGGAAGACCAGGGACACACACUCAGAGGUUUGUUCAUCAUUGAUGAUAAAGGUACACUGCGUCAGAUCACCAUGAAUGACCUGCCUGUAGGACGCUCAGUGGAUGAAACACUCCGUCUGGUGCAGGCCUUCCAGUACACUGAUAAACAUGGAGAAGUUUGUCCAGCUGGAUGGAAACCUGGCAGUGACACGAUUAUCCCUGAUCCCUCGGGCAAGCUGAAGUACUUUGACAAACUGAAUUAACUUCCUGGUUUGUUUUAAUAACAGAAAAAAAAGAUUUUGAUGGAUUUGUGUUUUGUUUAAAACAAUGUCUUGAUUUGUAUAUCAGCAGUGUGUGUGUGUGUGUGUGUGUGUGUGUGUGUGUGUGUGUGUGUGUGUGUGUGAGAGAGAGAGAGAGAGAGAGAGAGAUCUGUGUGACUCUCCUGCACAUUUUACUUUUACCUUUGUGUGUGAGUGAGAUAGAAACACACACACACACACACACACACACACACACACACACACACUUUUCAUAACUGACUGAGUAAACACACACCUCUGUGACCUGAAUGAUAUCAUUUAUGUCUGAUAAAUAAUGAAAUAAAAGUUGUCGUUUGUCCCGUUGGA